GUGUUACUAUUAGCAAUUCCUCCCUUCCAACCUCCCCAGUGUCGUUGCAGGUUCCUGUUCUCCUCCCUUUCGGCCACCUAGAACAACUUUGGUCUCAGAAGCUCAGGUCCCACAACUCUGCACUAAGGAAUCCCAGGCCACACUUAGGCCCGAACAAAGGCCAAAAUCGCGACCCAGGAAGCCUGCUCAUUCCUUGGAAGCAGUGACACGCCCAGAAGCCUCCCGCGUGUGGCUCAGAGCAGUCUGUGAAGAAACAAGACGAAUUUCAAACGGUCUGUCCACCACUUUCCCUGCUCCGAACUACAUUUCCCAGAGGGCUCGGCGGUGCGAAGUAUCGUCCCUUGCAGACUAGCCCUCCUCUGUCUGAGCCAGUGCUCAGGCGGAUGGUGGGACAAGAAUGGGAAGGAAGCCUAUUUGAAACGCGCGGAGCGGCCUCUGAGAGCCACGGCCUGAGGCUGAGCCAACCUCCGUGAGUCCUCUGGUGCCGGGACCUAUGAGGGGGCGCAAUCCUUUGCCCUGGGCCGCAGCUAACCCCGGAUAGGAAUGCCGACAGUGGGGAACCAUCUUGACCGUCACAGCUCUUACCUUUUUCCAAAAGAGGAGCCCAGAGGAGGACUUUCUGCAGAUAUCAAAGCCAUGGCUCAGGAGUCAGUGAUGUUCAGUGAUGUGUCCAUAGACUUCUCUCAGGAAGAGUGGGAAUGCCUGAAUGAUGAUCAGAGAGAUUUAUACAGAGAUGUGAUGUUGGAGAAUUACAGCAACCUGGUUUCAAUGGCAGGGCAUUCUGUUUCUAAACCAGAUGUGAUCUCCUUCUUGGAGCAGGGGAAGGAGCCCUGGUUGGUUGACAGAGAACUAACGAGAGACCAGUGGCCAGUCCUGGAACCAAGAUAUAAGACCAAGAAAUUAUUUCUGAAGAAGGAAAUUUAUGAAAUAGAUUCAGCCCAGUGGGAGAUAAUGGAAAGACUUACAAGACAUGACCUUCAGUGCUCUAGUUUCAGAGAUGACUGGGAAUGUGAUGGCCAGUGUGAGAUACGACACAGCUCUCAGGAGGGACAUGUCAGUCAGCUGAUGCUCACCCAUGAAGUCCUGCCCACUUUCAGUCAGCAUCCAUCCUUCACAUUACAGCAGGUCAUUAAUAAAGAGAAAUACUGUUCGGCUAAGGAAUAUAGGAAAACCUUUAGACAUGACUCACAGCUUACUACACAUCAAAUAAUUGAUACCAUUGAGAAGCCCUAUGAAUGUAAGGAAUGUGGAAAGGCCUUUAGACAUCCCUCAAGACUCAGUCAUCAUCAGAAAAUUCAUACUGGCAAGAAACCGUUUGAAUGUAAGGAAUGUGGAAAAACCUUUAUUUGUGGCUCAGACCUUACUCGGCAUCACAGAAUUCACACUGGCGAGAAACCCUAUGAAUGUAAAGAAUGUGGAAAGGCCUUUAGUAGUGGCUCAAACUUCACUCGACAUCAGAGAAUUCACACUGGUGAGAAGCCUUAUGAAUGUAAAGAAUGUGGAAAGGCCUUUAGUAGUGGCUCAAACUUUACUCAGCAUCAGAGAAUUCAUACGGGGGAGAAACCCUAUGAAUGUAAGGAAUGUGGCAAUGCCUUCAGUCAGAGCUCACAACUUAUUAAACAUCAGAGAAUCCAUACAGGUGAGAAACCUUAUGAAUGUAAGGAAUGUGAAAAGGCUUUUCGUUCUGGUUCAGACCUUACUCGACAUCAGAGAAUUCAUACUGGUGAGAAGCCCUAUGAAUGUAAGAUAUGUGGGAAGGCCUAUUCGCAGAGUUCACAACUUAUUAGUCAUCAUAGAAUUCAUGCUGGUGAGAAACCCUAUGAAUAUAGGGAAUGUGGGAAGACCUUUAAUUAUGGCUCACAACUUAUUCAGCAUCAAAAUUUGUACUGGUGAUAAGCCAUAGAAUGUACGAAAUGUGUGGGAGGCUUUUAAUUACAUCUCAAAAUUAUUCAACAUCAGAGAAUUAACUUGAUAAUAGUCCCUCUAAAAAUAAUAUAGAAACAUCUUAUUUGGUGACCAGAAAAAAAUCAUGUAGGCAAAACACCCUAUGAAUAAAAUACAUUUUGGAAGUCAUUUAUAAAAGCUCAUGUUUCUCUUGACAUCAGAUAAUUAGUGAAUAAUGAGAAUGAUGCACUUUUGUCACCUUCCUAAUCUUAUCUUAAACAUCAGAGGAGUCAUGCUAAAAUAGUCCUGUGAUUUACAUUCUUUUUCCCCUAAUUUGUCUGUAAUUGUUAUAUUCUUAACCUUUUCAUCCAUCUUAAACUUAUGUGACUAUAAAAUUCCAACUGUUGACAUUAUGGUUUAUAAAAUACCUUUAUUUUUAUAAUACCUUUAAUACCUGAGAGAAGUGACCUUUAUUUUUGAAGAUUGGCUUAUUCUUUUUGCUCUUUUCAAAAUGUACUCUUAUUUUUAAAAUUUCACGAACAACUUUCCCAUCAGUAAAUAGAGAUCCUUUUAUAGUUUUAUGGUGUUGCCUUGUGUUGCUGUAAUAUCGAUCAAGUCCCUGUUGGUACACAUUGUAGUUUCCUCCUGAGGUUUUACACACAUUGCCUAGAUGGACCUUCUCUUGAGGCAUAUCUGUAUUCUUGAUUUUAAUUGGAAAAUAAAGCUUGAAUGUAUUUUCCUUACAAAAAAUUUAAAGACCCCAUCCUUAUACUCAUUUACCUUCCCAAAAGGAUAGUCAUUAUUUGUUCAAUAUUUAUCCUUCCUGAGCAUUUUUCUGUUUUUAAACAUAUAUGUCUCAGUAGAAAUUAUAAAAUGGGGAUAAUUAUAAUACCUACCUCAUAAUUUUGUGAGGAUCAGAUGAACUAAGACACUGAAAGUGCUUAGAAUUGUGCCUGUCAUAAAUUGAGCCACUGAAUUGUUCAUCAUUGUUAUUGCCUUCAUCAUUAUUAUUAGUAUUAUUUGUUGAAAAAGUUGUUCCACAGACCUUAUUCAACAUCAGGCAGAAUAUAUAAUUGAAGAAAGACCCCUUGAGAGUAAUAAAUUUUUAAAGUUUUCUGUCAUCACUUAUCUCCUAUGGAAUAUGAAGUAAUCUUGGGUGUUGGUGGGGAAAGUAAUGUGUUAUGUGUGGGGAGAACUUUAUUCAGACUGUCAUCCUUUUUACUACUUCAUAUAAUACCUAAUACAAAACCAAAUGGAUAUAGACAAAACAUUGGUGACAAGAAGUGUGAAAAGAAAGCAUUUUGUUUGAAAAAUAAUGGAUAUAUAUAUAUAUACAGAAAGAAAAUUAUAAUUACCAACUUAAAAUGUUAUAUUGAAUAUACCACUUCUUUCUGAUACACCUGAAAACCUAAACAAAAUUAUUUUUUAGGAAAAUAAAAAUUACUAGUAAUGACUAAAAGAAUUAGAACUCUUGGAAGACUGCCUUUUAAACACAGGAUAAAGCAGAAAUUUAGCAUGAGGUAUUGUAGCUAUUACUAAUGAAGCACCAAAACCAAUUUCUUUUCAGGCAAAAUGUUAUCAAGUAUUCAAAGAACUGUUUGUUAUAUAGAAGUGGGCAUUCUGUAACAUACUCUACCAUAAUCUUGAUGUUAGAAACCAAUUAGGAGGACAAUAAAAAGGAAGUUAUUUUACAGUAUCAUCCAUGAAGGUAUAGACAAGCAUACCAAAGAAAUUAGUAAACUAAAGUAUCUAUUAAAAGAACAGUAGAAAUGAACCUGGUUGGGACAGUAGUUAAAGAGGAUGCUCAGGGCUCAGUUCCAGCUAACUGAUGCUGUGAGGAAGUAGAGGCCCCAUUUUGCCAGCUCUUCGGACUUUGAGAGAAUCCAGAGUUUUUUUAAGUGUGUAAUCGCCCUUAAUUUUUAAAUGGCUGCUUUGAUUUUUAUUUAAAAACAUCAUGAGGACAAAAGAAGAUAGAUUGACUUUACAAGUGGCCUGUGGGUUACUUUUGUUCUGGACACUAGAGCAGUAAGUGUGCAAGAGACUUGUAGGAGUUUUCAAUAGGUCAAAUCCUUUGGUCACAUGAAAUUUUUUUUUUAUUAAGGUGUCAUUGAUAUACACUCUUAUGAAGGUUUCACAUGAAAAACAUUGUGGUUACUACAUUCACCCAUAUUAUCAAGUCCCCCCCACAUCCCAUUGCAGUCACUGUCCAUUGGUGUAGUAAGAUGUGGCUCCAAGGAAAGUUAGGGGAGGGGGAGGGAAUAGUACCACACCAGAUAAUUUAUCCAGAAUUUCUUAGGUGUGUACAGUUGUAGAUUAAAAAUAUUUCCAGAGACAAAGUAGCUAAACUAAGUAUAAAGGUUGUUUUUAAAAAGGACUUGAUCCAGCCCUAUUAUUUUCUACAUGCAUUAAAAAAAAUUCUAAGCAUCAUGUAAGGUAAAAAAUAGGGUAUGUUUUAUAUGUUGUAUACCCCAUUCCUAAGCUAUACACACACAACUGAAAAUGAAAUAGUUAGCCUAUAGAGGAAAAGUAGACCAUCACAAUUUUGUGCUAGCAGCAAAUACGUCACGGGAAUUAUAUACUGUGUUCUAGACCAAGAGUCAGAAAGUUUUUAUGAGGGACCAAAUAGUAAAUAUUUUAGCUUUUGCUUUUGUGGGCCGUACUAUUUCUGCUGCAAUUACUCAACUGUGCCAUUAUAAUGUGGAAGCCUACUAAAAGUCCUGGAUUAAAAAGAUCCUGAAGUGAAUGUUCCACAGCUUAGCUUGGUUUAGGUUAGUGUUUUGAGAUGGACUAUUCCUGAAUCUCAAUUUUCAUGCUCUGUAAGCAGCUUCCUACAUCAAAAGGAUAGCAUUCUGUGGAGGGAAAAGCCACAUAUCCCAAGUUUCUGUAGGUUGUCCUUCCGUGCCCCACACCCUUACUUCUUAGAUCUCAUGUUAGAGGUUUUUUGUUUUGUUUUAGACAUUGAGUUCCUUUACUUCUUACAGGUUCAUGCCUUUGAAAUAUUUCAUAAUUGAGAAAAGUAGAGUGGGCAAAAUAUCUGCCAAUGAGAGAAUCAGUAAAGACAGGUCUAUUGGUUUACAUUACUAUCAAAAUGAGAAUGGCUAAAUGAAAUUUUAUAUUCUCUUAUGAGCAUAUUUUAAGUCAUUUACUGAGUUCAUCUAAAAUUACAGUUAAUGCAUUUGCACCCAAACCAAUGAAACAAGACGAGACAAAAAAACGGUAUCUCUGCCCCUCUCUGUUCCUCUCUCCCUUCCCCUCUGUCCAUUUCCUUCUGAGUAAUGUUUAAACCUCGUGUGCACAUACCCCAUGUAUUUCUUUGUGCUUAAACAUUAAUGAAAGUUAUUUUAGUAUAUUUAACUGAAUAUUUUACAGAUUUCUUUGUAACUUGUUUUUUUACAUUCAGCUGUACCUUUUGGAUUCCCCUUCAAGUCAGUAAAUGUUGAUUUAACUUAGCUUUUUUAAUGGUUAUAGUAUAUUAGUAUACUUGUACUAACAUCCAUUCAACUAUUCCCCAAUUAUGAUAUUUCAUAUUGUUUCCUCUUUGCCACUUAAAAGGAGUGCUGCAAUAAACAUUCUUAUAUUAUAUUCUUGUCUGUUUUAUUUUUGUUAAGUAGGUUCCCCAAAAUAUUUUUAUUUUCAAAGCUCUUAGGAAGGUCUUACUGGAAAUUUCAGAGGGCAAGAGGAUAAAGGAACUGUGUGCAAUUUUUCAUAUACAUGUUUAUGUGGGUUUUUUUUUUAUUAAGGUAUCAUUGAUGUACAAUCUGAUGAAGGUUUCACAUGCGCAACAUUGUGGUUGCUACAUUGACCCAUAUUAUCAAGUGCUCCCCCCCCCCACACCCCAUUGCAGUCACUGCCCAUCAGCACAGUAAAAUGCUAUAGACAUAGGCUUAAUAUUUUAAUCCAUCUGGAAUUCAAUUCAUUAUUAUAUAUGGUGUGAGAAGAAUGUUUUGUUUCCAUCCAGAAAUAAAGCCAGUUAUGCCAAAACCAAUUACUAAGGUAUUCAUCAUUCUCUUACUGAAUUGAAAUGAAAAUGCUGUUUAUCAUAUAUUAAAUGCUUAUAUCCUAAAAUCUAUUUCUGUGCUCUGUUUUCCAGCAAUCGUUGAGUUAUACUUUUCAGUAACUUGGAAGUAAAGAUACCUGUAUUAUUAAUAUAUAGUUUUUAUUUGGAAAUAAAGCCAUAUUUCUUCAUUAGAAUUUUAAAAUUAUUUUAUUCAAUUCCAGUAAAAAAAUCUCUUUGGGAUUAUAUUUUGAAUUUUGUUCAAUUUAAAUAGAGAGGCUCCCCAAAUGAAUUCACAGUUGACAUUGAGUGAAUAGUCAUUAAUGCAUGUAUACCUUGAAAUUUCUGACAAGUCCUUAUCCUCUAAUAUCA